AAUAUUAACAAGGGCGGGCAGAGCGGGUCCCCUGUGCCCACUGCCCCAGCCGGUGCACGGGGGCUCUGCCUGAGUCCCCGCUGCUGUGCAGCAGAGACCUGCUGGUCCUGCACAGGGUGAUGGAGACGGGGGGCGCCAGGGCCGCUUCGUGCUCAAGCGCUGCUGGAGACCUUGAGGCCUCUCCUGUCCUCCCGGGAGCGAAGCCACCCGCCUGCAGUGUCCCCACCAGGGAUGCUGUGGUCAGCAAACCCAUCCCAGCCCCCUCGGUACCGCCAAGCCCCGGGGCUGCCAGCACCCCCACGCGUGUGCACAAAGGGUGAUUCCGGUCACCAGUGUCCCCGCGAGAGCACCGGCUGCAUCCCGCCGUGGCCCCGCACACCGGGGUGCCCCGGAGCUGCAGGCCUGCGGCGGGAGGGCUACACGGUGCAGGUGAACGUCAAUGACUACCUGGAUAUCUACUGCCCGCACUACAACGCCUCGGUGCCCGAGCACCGGCUGGAGCAGUAUGUGCUCUACAUGGUGAACGCGGAGGGGUACCGCACCUGCAACACCAGCCAGGGCUUCAAGCGCUGGGAGUGCAACCGGUCCCACGCGCCCCACAGCCCCAUCAAGUUCUCGGAGAAGUUCCAGCGGUACAGUGCCUUCUCGCUGGGCUACGAAUUUCGUGCCGGGCAGGAGUACUACUACAUCUCCACCCCGACGCACAACCACCGCCGCGCCUGCCUCAAGAUGAAGGUGUUCGUGUGCUGCGCCUCCACGUCGCACGCCGGGGAGAAGCCGGUGCCCACCCUGCCGCAGUUCACCCUGCGGCCCGAGGUGAAGAUCGAGGACCUGGACAACUUCAACCCGGAGAUGCCCAAGCUGGAGAAGAGCAUCAGCGGCACCAGCCCCAAGAGGGAACACUUGCCCUUGGCCGUGGCUGCCGCACUCUUCCUCAUGACGCUGCUGGCCUCCUAGCUCCCGGUGCGAAGGGCCCCCCCCCCGCCUGCUGACAGCCAGCGGGGACCCCCGGGACCCCCGUCCCCUCUGCACCACCAACCCCUGCCCACAGAGCCGCCCACGGGGCAGGGACCGAUCCCGCCUGGCGCUUCCACCCUUCCCGAUGGAUGCAGCCACGUCUGCGGGGAUGCGGCUUGGUGCUGCACCGGCCACUGCCACCGUCCUGCCGGUGCCCAGGGCUGGGGCCCCCAGGGCUGGGCAGCCUGUACAUACCUAUAUAGAGUCUAUACAUACUGUACAGAGAGCGACUAUAGAGAUCUAUCUACACUGUACCAUAGGCAGCGGUGCUGGCCCCGGGCUGGCUUGUACAUAGUCUAACGUGUUGGAUUUUCCUCGUCUUCCGUGAAGACCCGACCUAUGCAAACGCACAGACACUUUUUGGGGACAAAAGAAACCGAAACCGAACAAAAAAACAGUCUGAACCUUUUUUUCAAGUGCUUUGGCUGGUGAUUUUCAUAUUCUGCUCUUAGUCUAUUACAAAACAUAAUAAAAGGAUAAAAAAACCA